UUUCUCCAGGCAAGGGAAGGUCAAAUAGCCUGACCUCUCAGAGCAAGGGCAAGGCCAUGGCAGGACACGCGGGACAGAAGGUGAUUCAGGAUGAAGUUCAUCAGAAUCAGAUCUUGCGAGAACUAUUCCUCAAAGAGCUACGAGCACAGAAGUUGUACACGCAGUAUCACGUGAAUCCCCUGCGCAAGGUUCACACAAUUGCCAGGAAGCCCAUGUCUUGGCAUGAUAACUUGGAGGAGCCUGCAGAUGCCAAGUUCCUGAACCUCAUCCACCAUGCUGCACAGGGCCCAAGGAAGAAAUAUUCAGAGACACAGACUGAAACCCAAGAAAUUGGAUGGGACCCCAAUCCGUUGGUCAAUCCAGAACGUCAGGACAACAGGCUGAACCACUUCAGGGUCUACAAUGACAUCACUCUGUACAAGGCUAAACUGUGGAGCUUGGGGGAAGAUGAUCACCAGAAGUAGCAUUCUCUCUUGGUGGAGUGAGGCUGCACGCUGAAUUCCCAAGGUGUGCGUCGCCCAGCGAAAUAAAUGCUGCUCUUGUUAAAAAUUACACAAGAUAUAUUUCACAGGCUAUCACAUUAUGAUUUAGAGUCAGGCAGUGUCUGACUAAAAAGUGCUUCAGGAGGCCUUGCAGCAUCACAUAGGCAGAGGGAAGAGGAGGAGGCAUCCACGGGAACGGAAGUGAGGUAAAGAAGCAACCUGAUUGGUUAUAACCUGUGCCCAUCUUAUUUGUACUGGUUUGAGCAGUUGGCCACUGGUGAUGGGAAGCCGUUGAAGCUCAGCUGCUUGUGUGAGAGAAGGCCUCAGACAAAAUAAAACAAAACGAACAAACAAAAUGUCGGGCCCGGCAGUGCGUGCCUUUAAUGCCAGCACUCGGGAGGCAGAGGCAGGAAGAUCUCUUGAGUUCGAGGCCAGCCUGGUCUACAGAGGGCCAUGACAAUCAGGAUUACACAGAGAAACCUUGUCUCAAAAAAUGAGGGAGAGAGGGAGGGAGGGAGAAAAGGAGGGAGGAAGAAAAGGAGAGAGAAAGGAGAGGAGAGUCUCAGUGUUGUACAACAGGCUAGGUUGAACUUCACUACUGUGUUCUGCUUUUGUUUCUGUUGCAUGAUAAAUACUCCGACAAAAGGCAGCCUGGGGGGGAGGAAGGGUUUACUUGGAAACGGUCCCAUUGGUUCAGGGAAGUCAAGGCUGGAACUCAAGCUAGUCUCAUCCUCAGUCAGGAGCAGAGAGACAAGUGCACCCACACUGCCUGCUUGCUGCUCAGUCUGGACAUGAAAAGGUCUGCCCCCCACAUUCAGGGUGGGUCACCCUGCCUUAACAAUCAAUACAACCCCUGCAGGCAUGCCAACAGACCAACCUGACCUAGACAAUUCCACAUAAAGACUCUCUUCUCAGGAGAUUCUAGGCUGUGUCAAGCUGACAGUUAAACUAACCAGCACACCACAUACAGAAAACCGCCAAAAACUGACAAAUGGAAUUUUGCAAAGCAAAGGAACUAGUUAACUGAGAGCUUGCCCACAUAAUGAAAAAAAAAAAAAAAAGUCUGUGUUAUUUGUGCAGAGGA